AUGUCGCCGGGUCCGCCGGCCGCCGGUGGAACCUCGCCGCCCGUUCAUCUCGCCACCACGCCGCCGGCAUUCCAGACGUCCGGAAGAACGUCGGGACGACUUCGCGACAGAUCGCCGAGAUUGUCGAUAUGCUCAGAAAUGCGUCGAAAUCGCGAAAUCAGCUCGCCGACGUCGCCGAAAAUGCUUCAUCGCGGCUCGCUAACACAAAGUGAGUCGAUCAAUUUGUCGUUUAUUCUUCUUCGUGAUGGGACCCAAUUCGACCAUUUAACAUCUUGA